AACACCAAUAAUUUUUACACACAAAAAUGUCUGGAAAGGAUAAAACAUCUGUUGUUGGAAUUUGGAUGGGAUUAAUGAUACUAUGUCUAGUUGUGGGGGAGGUGAGCGCAAUUUCAUGUGAAUUAAAAUGUUUUUUCAAAUGCUUUGGUCUUUUCGAUCCAUAUGGAUGCUUCAUUGGAUGUGACUGCCGACAUGGUGGUAGUGUUGUUUCUACCGCAGCCAGUAGAUGUGCUUUCACUUGUGCUAAAGAAAAGUGCACCAAAUUUGCAGCCGAUUCGAAGAAACUUGGAAUCUUUGCUUCGAAUAUGAAUAUUAAAGGUUGCGCCCAAAGCUGCGCCAGUGGUUGCCACCUCACAUAAUCCUAAUGGUUCCCCUAAUUACUGAUAAAAUCCUCUAAGAAAGGAUGUACUACUAUAAUGGAGAGGCAGCGAUAUACCUCAACAUAUAAUUAAUGCUUCAUCAAUGAAAACAAUGCGAAUAAUGUAUAUAUGCUUAGCCGCCUUAAUUUCAAUAAGUUAAAUUAUAUUCAUGUGCUUAACAAA